AAAGGAGACUGAGCCACCCGCUGUUCUGCAAGUCACUAGCAAUGCAGCAGAUGAAGGGAUCAGCCAUGCUUCUGCUGGAGCUGCUAAUUCUCGGGGGCCUGAGAACAGGGAAGGGCUCUGCUGUCCUGGGCACCUUGGAUCUACAAAUAGACGAGGAGCAGCCAGCCGGCACCAUCAUUGGGGACAUCAGUGCUGGCCUACCUCCUGGCACCAGCGCCUACAUGUAUUUUAUCUCAGCACAGGAGGGCAGUGGUGUUACCACUGACUUGGGGAUAGAUGAGAACACAGGUAUCAUCAAAACAGCCCGUGUCCUGGACCGAGAAACCCGAGACCGAUACAGCUUCAUUGCUGUUACCCCAGAGGGCAUCACGGUAGAAGUGAACAUCCAAGUUAAUGACAUCAAUGACCAUGCCCCAGCCUUUCCCAAGCAACACAGCACUUUCCAGAUCCCAGAGCAUACACCUAUAGGCAGUAGGUUCCCCUUGGACCCAGCCUUCGAUGCUGACAGUGGCCUGCUCAAUACCCAAGGCUACGUGAUUAAAGGAGAGAACGUAGGGCAGGCCUUCCGCCUGGAAACACGCCGAGGACCCAAUGGGGUCCUGUACUUGGACCUGGUGGUCAGCAACAUCUUGGAUCGGGAGAACCGUUCAUCGUACUCCCUACUGCUCGAAGCCUAUGACGGUGGCUCUCCUCCCCGGAGCACCCAGAUGACACUGGAUGUGUCUAUCCAGGACAUCAAUGACAAUGCCCCUACCUUCAACCAGAGCCGCUAUCACACUCUCAUCUCGGAGAAUCUGAAGCCCGGCAGCAGCAUCCUGCAGGUCUUUGCCUCUGAUGCAGAUGAAGGUGACAACGGGGACGUGGUUUAUGAGAUCAACCGGCGGCAGAGUGAUCCUGACCAGUACUUCACCAUCGACUCCCGGACCGGAGUCAUCAAGCUCAACAAGGGUCUGGAUUACGAAGUAAGGAAGGUGCAUGAGCUGGUGGUGCAGGCACGGGAUAAGGCUGUCCAUCCUGAGGUUACCACUGCCUUUGUCACCAUUCAUGUGCGUGACUACAAUGACAACCAGCCUACCAUGACCAUCAUCUUCCUGAGCGAAGAUGGCUCCCCUCAGAUCUCUGAGGGAGCCCAACCAGGCCAGUAUGUGGCACGCAUCUCUGUUUCAGACCCAGACUAUGGCGAGUACUCCAAUGUCAAUGUCACCCUGGAGGGAGGGGAUGGCAAGUUUGCCCUCACUACCAAGGACAACAUCAUCUACCUGAUCUGUGUAGACCAGCUUCUGGAUCGGGAAGAAAGAGACUCCUAUGAUUUGCGGGUGACAGCCACUGACUCAGGAACACCCCCACUCCGGGCAGAAUCAGCCUUUGUGCUGCAAGUUGUGUAUCCAGGCAGCUUUGUCCUGCAGGUGACAGCUCGUGACAAGGACCAGGGUCCCAAUGGGGAAGUGCAUUACAGUAUCGUGCAUGGCCGUGACACCCACUCCAGCUGGUUUGCCAUUGACCCAGCCACAGGUAUCAUCACCACUGCUGCCCCACUGGAUUAUGAGAAGGAUCCUCAGCCCCAGCUGACAGUGCUGGCCAUGGAUAGGGGAAGCCCUGCCCUCUCUUCCUCAGCUGUGGUGCGUGUGGCACUGCAGGAUGUCAAUGACAAUGAGCCAGUGUUCAAGAGUAACUUCUACAAUGUGUCCCUGAAGGAGAACACCCCUGUUGGGACCUGCUUCUUACAG